AUGCUUAUGAAAGCACAGGAGCUGUGGGACAAGGUGUUUCCCCGCCAUCUUCAUGUCCUUGCUGCCAAAGACGAGGCGGUCUUCAACUUGGUGAUGCAGCGCAUUUACGUCUGGCGCAGGAACUUUGCCACAGAGGCCAUCAAAAGGGUAAAGGCCUUCUGGGAAUCUGAUCCCCUGUAUGCGGAUGCUGAAGAACGUGCUGCCUAUGUACAGUGGGCUGUUCCUGAAACCAAGGGUGGUCAGGUUCCUGCUAUCUAUGAGGACGUUGACAAGAGCGACAUCACAAAUCCUGCCGAGCACAUGCUACUUCAAUGGUCAAUAGGCAACUUCAAGGCACCCAAGGGAGAGGAAGAACAGUUCUCGCAGAAGUACUGGGGCGUCAAGACUGUGGAAUAUGUCGAAUCACUUGGGAAGGCCACAGAGAAGUCGUGGAAGAAGAUCUUCCUCAAGACCGCUGUUACGACUGCUCGUCGGUAA